AUGCCACUGCAGUGUAGUGUGAGUGAGUCCACAGUAAGUCGUUAUGAGCACAUGAUUGCGCAGCUCACCACACAAGCACUAUCGCAGCAGGAGGAGAUCAAACAGUUGCGGGAAGCCCUCGGAAAGACUUUGAUACCAAAUAAUAGCGACAACAACGAUAUCAACAAGAGCAACAACGACGACAACAACAACAGCAAGAAAAAGAAGAAGAAUGAUAACGACAAGAACGAGAAAAAUGAUUAUAAGAGUGAGAUUGAAAGGAGGAAUGAAGAUAUGUAUGUAGACGUUAGUCAAGAGACACCAACAAAUUCUACCGCAGAGCAAAUUGUUGUUCUCACAAAGAGUGAGAGAACACGACGAAGCAGAAGUAGAAAAGAUAAGAAGCGACGAAUGUCAACAGGGUGUCGUCGUACAGUGGAGGAAUACACAUUGGGUUUAUUAGAAAGAUACAUACAACAUGUGGAUGAACGUUUGGCGUUUAGUCUUGUGGAACGACUACGGCGAGUUACACGAGAACAUGUGAUGCGUACAGUAGAGAAGGAAGUAGGCCGUGUACUGCAGGAGAGACAGUGGUUACAACAACAACAAGAACAAGAACAAGAAGAAGAACAGUAUACACAUAAUUGUAAUGUAUGUGUUCAUCAUCAUCAUCAUCAUAAUGAUUUCCAUUUCUCUCCAGAGAGAGGAAAUGGAGAAAAGGUGAAAAGUGUAUUGAGAGAGUCCAACUUUUCUGCUUGUAUGAAUUCUACUAAUACUACUGCUACUACUAGUACUCCUAGUAGUGUUGUUGGGGAUAGUGUUAUUGUUUCAUCACAACAGGAAUUGAAGCGACUGGUUGCCUCAUGUGAUGUACGAUCCUCAAAUAUAGAAUGUGCACAGUGUUUGACAUCAACUACGAUGAAUUGUACUAGUGAAGAACCAAACAAUUUAGUUUUUGAGAGUAGUAAAACAACAACAGAACCGUAUGUAUCUACCAUAUUGGUAGAUCCUUCUUCAUCAGAUUCAUUUACAUCAUUCCAUCGUAAACAUGAUCAACAUUUAAUAGAGCAUCUACAGCGAAAAGUUGCGCUUCUAGAGGAACGUUUGUAUGCCGCUACAGUAUUUGAUCAAGGAAUAAACAAUUCCCCUCCAUCUGUGGAGAAGACGUGUUAUUAUGCUGGAGAUGGAAGGAACAGUAAUAACACUGACAAUAAUAAGAAUAGUAAUGAUAACUAUAACAGCAGCAUCAGUAGCGGGACUAAAGUUCACCGCUGUUGUUCCUCGAUGUCCUUAACGAACUCGGGUAGUAACAGCAGUGUAUGUGAUGACAUAGAAGUUCUCAUGGACAUGUUUGAAGGACGGAAACCACCAAAAGAAGUUCUGAGACUAUUAUUGGGAAUGAGUAAUUAG